CCUGGCCCUGGUCCAGGACCUGGCGGGGGUCAAGGGACUUCAGGAACUGGCAGCGGAGGCCUCGGUCUGAGGCGCGGGUCCCUCAGGACACAGAGCAGAGGAGGCACGGGCCAGAGCCACUUGUCCAGGUUCAGCCUGAAUCUGACAUCAUGCCCCUAGGGAAGAGCAGCGAGCUUUCGAAGAAGGGAGAAGACCUAGAGGAGGCCCAGGGCCUGGUGGAUGCCCAGCUGUCUGGGGCUGAGGAGGAGGAGGAAGGGGAGGAGGAGGCUCCACCUCCCCCCUCUACCCCAUCUCCCCCAUACCACCUAUCUCAUCUCUCUCUAUCCUCCUCCUCCUCCUCUUCCUGGUCCUCCUCGUCUUCCCCUUCCUUGUCCUCUGGCAUGGUCUUUGCCCCCCCAGAGGAGGGGUCUGCUGCUCCAGGGGCCCUAAGUGAUCCCCAGGGCUCUCAGAGUGCCGAAACCUCCCCAAGUGGUGGGGCAGUUGGUGUCCUUGGCCAGCCCGAGCCUCCUGGCCCCAGUGGCCCAGGGGAGGCAGGAGACGAGGAGCCUUUGGUGGAGGGCAGUUUUCGAAUGAAGACAGCUGCACUGGUGAUGUUCCUACUCCUCAAGUAUCGCACCAAGCAGCCCACCAGCAAGGCAGAGAUGCUGGAGGUCUUCACCCCAGAAUACCAGGACGACUUCCCCGCCAUCUUGACCCAAGCAUCCAUCUGGUUGCGGCUGGUCUUUGGCCUAGAUGUGAUUGAAGUAGAUCCCAGCCAGCACUCCUACAUCCUCAACCCCAUCCUGGGCCUCACCUGGGAUGGGAUGCUGAGCGAUCAGUGGGGCCUGCCCAAGACCGGCCUCCUGGGGCUGGUCCUGGGGUUGAUCCUCCUGCAGGAUGGGUGUGUCCCCGAGGAGGAGGUGUGGGAGGCUCUGGGGGUCAUAGGGGUGUACGAUGGCCAAGAACACAUCGUCUAUGGGGAGCCCAGGGACCUCCUCACCAACGUCUGGGUGCAGGAAGGCUACCUGGAGCGCCGGCAGGUGGCGGGCAGCGACCCUGCCCGCAACGAGUUCCUGUGGGGGCCCAGGGCCUCCGAGGAAACCAGCAAGUUGCAGGUCAUGAUCUACAUGCUCCAGGUCGGUAGCAACAACCUGGGGUCCUCCCUGGUCCUGUGAGAAAAGAUUCUGAGAGAAGGAAGAGGGGACCGCAGCUCCAGGGGCAGCCAGGCCCUUUCCAAGCUUUUUUGGGGCUGGCAUGAAGGGAGGCUUCUGGGUGCUUCCUCCCCGUGUUGUCUGGUUGGGUGUGUAAAGAGGAAGACCUGGGCAUUCUCAGGAUUUAAGUGCCAGGGCAGGUAGGGGGAAAGCAGGUCCAAGAGCCUCUCUGGGGGCCUGGAUUCUGCGAUGACCCCGACAUUCAGAGUUUGGUUUCUGUGAGGAAGCUCCCCAUGUUUGUUCCUUGAGAUAGAAGGUUCCCGCAGCCCAGUGUGUGAGUGACACACACCCUGUCAUGUUCGUACUUCCCCUGUUCAAGAUUUAAGUGUUCUGUCAUGUCCUGGAAACAAGUUAGGAGACCCUCCCUCCUUGUUUGGGUUCUGAAUGAAAUCACAGGGCAAUGGCGAUGGAAUCUAUUGGAAAGGCCAAGAGUGGAGCAGGCAAGUGUUGGAGUGUGGAAAUAGGAAAAUAAACCUUGUUCACUUUUGCUUCUUA